GUACCUAUCAGCUGAUUUUUGUAAACAAACAGGUCUUCCACGACGGACAUCUCGGAGACUCAUCCAGAGAGACGAAUUACUCUCCUGAUUAAGAACGUUAUGGAUUCAAAACUGAUAUAGACGAUUUCUUUAACAUAUAUUAGUGAUUAACAAAGAUAGAAAGGAAUGCAGACAGUGAAACAAGCUUAUGUCCUAAUGUAUGUACAGCGCUUAUGUAGCUUGUGCAGGCAUGGAAUUCCAGCAACUUCUCAACUCAUUAUUACUGCAAAAGUUAAUGGAGAGUUGGAAAGAAGCACUAGACGCUAUAGCCAAACAACUAAUGACCAUGACAGACCACAGGAAAAGGACAAACUUGACGAUUUUGUUUAUAAUUUAAGAACUGCAAAAACAUACAAAAAAACAAAUAAAUGGAAGCACGUUGCAAAAGGGACAAAACAUAUAAAAGUCAAUAAUUACAUAAAAGCAGGAAACAUUAACGCAAAUAAUUCAUCAGACAGUAAUAACAGGGGGCCCGAACAUCAACAGAUACCAUUUAUUGAUAAGAAAAUUGAAAAGCAAGAUGUCCAAAAUGAAGCUUGUUUAGAUCUUGUAAGUAGUCAUGCUUCAACAGGGAAGAAUUAUUCAAGAAUUGUCAGUAAUCAGUCUUCAGCAGGAGAUUAUGAUUUUAGGAAAAAGAAAAGCAUUAAAGCUGAGGAUCAACCUCCUGAUUCUACAGUGGUCCACGGGCACAAGCUAGACCUACCAAAACAAGAUCCAUUAGAAUUGCGGAACAGACUUAAAGAGAUAUAUGUUCAAGUACCGGCACCUCAAAAUAAACCCAAGAGUAUCAGCAAAGUUGAAGAAUCCUUUCUGCUUGAAAUGAUAUCUCUUGAAGAGAUGAAAAAAGCUCUGUCUGUAGUCGAAGAAUAUGUAAGAAAUGAGCAGUAUCCAUCUUUUGCUAUAUUAAGACAAUUAUGUGCGUGGGCCUCUACUGAAGGUGAUUUGGACGAUGUGAAGAGAAUUAAAGAUAUGACUCGAGAUAGGUAUUCCAGACAGUACAAAUAUCACAUGUAUUUUGAUACCUAUUUUGCAAGUGCCUUGUAUCGUGAAGGGAAACUGAAAGAAUGCUUAGACGUUCUUUAUAAACUAUUUGUCGAUCAUCCUAAACGUAUCAAGAAGGCAAAAGAUACAGCUGCAUUUAUACUUUCAAGGGUGAUAGAAGUGGGUGAUGAAAACCAGGAAAAAUUGGCUUUCUCCUUUGUCACAAAUUUAGCAAAAGAACAAAAUCAGCUAGGACCAGCUUUGGCCUUAUGGCGAGCAGGAUUCUGCAGCCCAAGACAUCGUCAUUUUGUGAUGGCAAAUAAUUUGCUAGAGCAGCAUCCAGAUUUGACUGGACAUUUACAUAGAAAAUUAACAAGUGUAAUAGAUGAAGCAUCUUCAAGAGGAGAUAAAGAUCUUUUGCACAGGGUACUGGAGCUGGUACUCAAUCACGAUAUUUCCGACUUUUAUGCUCCUGCAACAAGUGCCUUGUUACAACAUCAGUGUGAAUUGGGUGAUCUCGCAGGAGCUGAUGAGACCCUCAGAUUUGCGCAAUCCAUGAAAGUGCGGCUGAAACCUGAUGAACUGCAGAGGUUCCUGAACCUUCUAAACCAUCAUAAACGCCCUGCUCCACUCACUGUCCUUAGGUUAAAGUAUGGCCGGGCACCUCCUGAAGCUCCGUCAGUGCCCAGAGCACCUAAGUUUGAAUAUAAAUUCUAGCAAUGAUAUGCAG